AUGAUAACGGCUAUUAUCCGAGGUGCAGCACGGUCUACUAUUGCCAGGUCAGCCCAUGUCCGCCUAAGAACACCAUUGCGCCAUUACAGCAAAGCGGCCACCGAGCCCAAGCAGCAGGAAGCUAGCGACAUUUCUCCGUUGGGCAAGAUUGCCGAGGGAUUGAACGCGAUCCGAUCGACUAUUAUACCAUCUUCUAGUGCGGCCACCGAACCACAUGCACCGUUUACGGGUGAAGCAGCGACAUGGAACCAAGCGAUACGUGAAGCACAAAGCCUUGUAGAAGAGGAACAACAACACCUAGCAACCAAAGUACGAUCAUCAUCCUCCAAUACACCUUUGAUUGAUCCAGCCAAACUGGUGGGACGUGACCUAUGGGACUUGAAAGGCAAUAUUGCAAAGCUACUUGGAAGUGGUCAUCCUUUUCUCAACACGGUUGCCAAGCACUAUUUCAAUGCGGAUGGUAAACACGUUCGUCCAUUGUUGGUGUUAUUGAUCGCCCAAGCAACGAGCAUUGCUCCUAAAAAGCCAACCUUAUCUUCUUCCUCAACAACUCAGCAGCAGCAACAACAACAACAGCCGAUCGAUUAUCAAUCCAUCGACACGCCCAUUUCCCAUGGUCUAAAGAAUAUUACUACGAGUGAUGUAUUUGAUCACGCCACUCAUUACACGCCUUCUGUCACGCAUCAAGGAUGCACGAUCCUUCCUACGCAGCGACGUUUAGCAGAGAUUACAGAGAUGAUUCAUACGGCUUCGCUUUUGCAUGAUGAUGUGAUUGAUGCCUCCGAGACCCGUCGCAACUUGCCUUCUGCCAAUGCCAGUUUUGGUAACAAGAUGGCUGUGCUCGGUGGUGAUUUCCUUCUUGCUCGCGCUUCCAUUGCCUUGGCUCGCUUACGUAACGCUGAAUGCACUGAAUUGAUGUCCACUUGCAUUGCCAAUUUGGUUGAAGGCGAAUUCAUGCAGCUUAAAAACACACGGGGUGAGAAUGGCGUUCGCACCAAAUCCACGUUUGAUUACUAUAUUGAAAAGACUUACAUGAAGACUGGCAGUUUGAUUGCACAAAGUUGUAAAUCAUCCGCUGUAUUGGGUGGAUCUACCAAGGAAGUCGCCGAUAUCGCCUUUGAAUUUGGUCGUAAUUUGGGUAUUGCUUUCCAGCUCGUGGAUGACAUGCUUGACUUUACAGUGACAGCCGCUGAUCUUGGUAAGCCUGCUGGUGCCGAUCUUAAGCUUGGUUUGGCCACUGCCCCUGUACUCUUUGCAUGCGAAGAGUUCCCUGAAUUGGAGCCAUUGAUCAAACGCAAGUUUGCAGAGGAAGGCGAUGUUGAUAAGGCACGACUUCUUGUAUACCAAAGUGAUGGAUUGAAAAAGACACUUUCCUUGGCUGAGGAACAUUGCAGCACAGCCAUUUCCUUGAUUUCGCAAUUGCCACCUUCAGACGCACGUUCUGCAUUGAUUCAAUUGACUGAAAAGCUCCUCACUAGACGCCAUUAA